AUUUGAAUGCUUGAUGUUUCUUGUGCGCUUCCACUUUGUUAGGGCAUCCGUGGCUUUAAACGCGAUUUGUGGACUAAAGCGUUUAGUUAAAAAAUAUAUUUUUAAUAAAAUUUUAAAUUUUGCAUGUGUAAAUGGGAGUGUUUUAAUUUUAUUUGCACGUUUUCAUCAAUAUCCAUUUUACAACAACAUUUAUCCGGGUUUCUUUAUGCGUGCUGUUUUCUUAUAAUUUUGACAUUCUCUGACUGCAACAGCUGUCACUUUGCGCCAUUUGUAGUAUGACAGCGAAUUUGCGUGUGAAUCAGAAGAAACAAAACGAAGCGUAAAUUAAGAGAAAAACUUACAGAAAUAUAGUUGCACGCGAAAUUUUUGCAUAAAAAAUGCAAAUAUAGCGAUAUAUUUUUGCAAUAGCACCUAGCAGAAUCAUAAAUAACAUCCAAAUAUACUUACAAUGGGACUCGAUUUUGAUGCAAUCGAGUAUUGCAAGAAUGUGAAGCUGCAGCAAGCACAACCGCCGUACUCGUGUCCAGUGGCUAAGUGCGAUCGUAGCUACAAAACUGUGGUGGGACUACAAUAUCAUUUGGUUAACUAUGAUCACGACAAUCCACAACCAAUAACACCAAUUAUAACACCGAACCGCAAAAAAGCGCGUAAAGCUCAUCACUCAACGCCGAAAACACCGAAGGGUGCUGGUGAUGACAACGGCGCCAACGGUGGUGGUCAUCAGGUGGCAAAUCCCGAAUCAUUAGUUAGUUACAAUGAAGAAGAACAAACAGUACAGUUUAAUAUUGACGGUAAAAGUGUCCGCUUAGCAAUUGAUGAUCCGUUGCCAUUUAUUGAAGGUGAAGAGUAUGCAGAGUUAGUUGCGCGGCGUUGUAUUUUGAAUGCCGAUGCUCCUCCACUAGAAGAAAAUGCUUCAUGGGCGCGUGUAAAAGUGCCUGAAGCGCAUUAUCGUGAAAUCGAAGACUACCAUGUGCCUGAUGCGCCUCCCCGCCCACUCGCAUAUUAUCGAUUCAUAGAGAAAUCAGCUGAGGAGUUAGAUGGUGAAAUAGAGUAUGAUGUUGAUGAAGAAGAUUCGGCGUGGUUAGAAUGGAUGAAUGAACAACGUGAGAAAGCCGGUCUAAACGCAGUGACCAUCGAUACAAUGGAACUGUUAAUGGAUCGAUUAGAAAAAGAGUCUUACUUUCAAGCAGCCGCCAAUGGUACUCCCACAGGCGUAGAGGUCGACGAUGAUGCUGUGUGUUGCAUUUGCAUGGAUGGCGAAUGUCAGAACACAAACGUAAUACUUUUCUGCGAUAUGUGCAAUCUGGCUGUACACCAGGAUUGCUAUGGUGUACCGUUCAUUCCCGAAGGACAGUGGUUGUGCCGACGCUGUUUGCAAUCGCCCAGUACCCCUGUGAGUUGUGUAUUGUGCCCGAAUGCCGGAGGUGCUUUCAAACAGACCGAUCGUGGUCAAUGGGCCCAUGUGGUAUGCGCACUUUGGAUACCUGAAGUGCGUUUUGCAAAUACAGUCUUUCUGGAGCCAAUUGAUUCCAUCGAAACCAUUCCGGCGGCGCGUUGGCGACUCACAUGUUAUGUUUGUAAAGAAAAGGGUUUGGGCGCGUGCAUACAGUGUCAGCGCAACAGCUGUUACGCUGCUUUCCAUGUAACAUGCGCACAACAAGCUGGUCUAUACAUGACAAUGGACACAGUUAAAGACGGCCACAACGACUCAUCGGUUCAUGUACAAAAGUACGCUUACUGCCAUGCUCAUACGCCGGCAGAUGCUAAAUUAAAAACUAAUCAAAAAGAAGUUGAAGAUACGCGUAUGAAAAUGAAGGAAGCACGAAAAGCGUUGGCCAAAAAACGAUCAACUGCACCGAUUGUGCUAAUACCAACCAUACCACCCAAUCGUGUACAGGAGAUCUCUGGCAUGGUGCAUAUGCAAAAGAAGCAGCAAUUCUUAGAUAGACUUAUUGCGUAUUGGACAUUGAAGCGUCAGUACAGGAACGGUGUGCCGCUUUUACGUCGCCUUCAAAGUCAAGGCAACAACCAUGGUGUAAUCCAUCGAAAUGGUAUUGAAGGCUCGCCGGACACUAAAGAGUUGUACAAGCAGUUGAAAUAUUGGCAGUGUCUUCGUCAGGAUUUAGAACGUGCGCGCUUACUUUGUGAAUUGGUGCGGAAGCGUGAAAAACUUAAGGCGGCCUUUGUAAAAAUUUGUGAACAGGUGGUCAUGUUGCAGGUGAAUCCGCUUGAGUCAGCGCUAACAAAACUUCUUGAUACGCUCGAAGCUAAAGACACCAGUGAAAUAUUCCGCGAACCAGUUGAUACAGUAGAAGUGCCUGAUUAUUUGGACAUAGUAAAGCAUCCAAUGGACUUAGGCACGAUGCGUACAAAACUAAAGCAGGGCCAAUAUGCAACGCUGGAACAGUUAGAGAUCGAUUUCGAUUUGAUGAUACAAAAUUGUCUUGCUUAUAAUAAUAAGGACACCGUCUUUUAUCGGGCUGGUAUACGCAUGCGUGACCAAGCCGCACCACUUUUCCAACAAGUGCGUAAAGAGCUGCAACGCGAAGGUUUGUUAGACAAUUCACGUUCGGAGCAUGAGGAUCAUGUCGAACAGGAGAUAGAAGUCGAAUUGAAAACAUUGCUAGAGGCAAAGCCAUGCGAGGAAAUCGUACAAAAACUACUCAUACUAGCAGAUAAAUCCCAGGUACUCAAAAAUCCGGUGUAUCGUACGAAGAAAAUCAAGCAAAUACGCUUGGAAAUAACACGCAUGCGCAAGGCCAUGCAAAAAGCGAAAAUUGCUGCGCGUCAUUCAAACGUUACCGCCAAUUCGCAAAGUGACGAUGACGACGACGAUGAAGAUCAUGAUGAUGAUGAACAGAUCAAUGAGGUUUUAAACCAAAAAGAGAAAUUAAAACAAACCUCCAGCUUACACCACCACCACCACCAUCAUCAUCACCACCAACAACAACUCCAGCAGUCACAGCAACAACAGCCGCAAAUACAAAAUAGCUUGUCGAAACGUACUCGUAAAUUGCCAGCUAAUAUGAUGGUGGUCGACGAUGAUGAUACAAUGGGCGAGGAGUCUAAGGAAACCACAACAACGACAGUACAAACACCGCCAUGUAGUCCCAUUAAGAGUCUCAAUAAUAGCGCCUCACCAGUGGGUGUGAAUCGGAGAACUGCGGUGUUAUUUACGCGCAAGGCACAAGCAGCCCUCAAGCGUCCAUCUGAAAUCACCACACCUGUUAAAGAUGAAUCCGCCGCUUUGACCGCUUCGGCCACACCGAAUAAUAACAAUGCAUCAGCCGGCGGAGCGAGUGCUGCGGGAGCGGCAGCAGCGGCGACACUCGCCUCUUCAGCAAUGACAAUAAGCAAUAAACUAAGUCAUUUAGCGCCACUCGGCGCUAGCCUGGGUCUUUCUGCGGCGGGUGUAGUAAUGGGAGCAGUCGCUGGCAAAUCGCCGAAACGUAAUGCACGCCAUAAGCGAUUAUCGGAGAUGAGGCAGAGCGCAUCGUUGUCGCCUAAAAAAUCACCAAACGCUACACUUACGCCAAACACGACGCCGUCAACCGUGAAUGUGCCACCCAGUGUAGCGGCGUUGGCGUCUACGCCGAAUUAUGAUCGGAUACCAGAUAGCUUUCGGGUUUAUCGCGCGAAUAAUGAACGCGAUGUAAGCGAUAGUGAUGAUGACGAUAUGAGUGAUAUGUCCGGCAGUCCAUGCAGUAGUUGCUCCGGUUUUAGUGUCAGCGGUUCUGGGUCAGAGUAUGAUAGUAGUGAUGAUGAUGAAGACGAGGACGAAGAGGAUGGCGAGGAUGAUGGUGAGGGAGAUGGUGAUGGUGAUGAGGAAAGUGAGGACGAUGAAGAAGUUGAUGGUCGCGAAGAGGAUGUGGAAAUGCGUGAGAUCGGCAGUGGAGGUGAAGGUGAUAUUGAUGGCGAGAGGGCCAUAAGGGGUAGUAACGGCGAAGCAGUGAGCGCUAGUGUCGAUAGUGCAGCUGAUAGCGAAGAUGGCGCUGAGGAGAGUAACGAUGGCGUCGUGAGCAAUAAUGCGGAAACGGACACAAAAAGUGUUGCAACGCGAACACCAACACCCUCAGAGAAGCGUCCACGUAAUGCCACACGCACGAAGCAAAAAAAUAGCAAAGCGGGAAACGAAAUGAAUGCGGCCGUAAAGAAGGCAAAUGUGAAUGCCAACCAGGUGACACAGGCAAACACCACAACAAUAACAACAACUGCCAAGACGAAGCCGUCGACGACAAGCACAACGACAACGACUGCGACGGCUUCGGCAACAACAGCUGCUCGCUCCGCCAAUAAACAGAUUUUAACCAGAUCGGCAACACCCACCGCCACUGGCAUCAACGCCACCUCUACACCCAUUACGAAUAAUGCUAGAGGACGAAAAGCGAGUCAUAACAAUAAAUUAAAAUAUAAUAACACACAUAAUACACGUGGUGCUGCGGCGGCAACACCAACACCAUCUUCAGCAUCCCGUCCAACAUCAGCGAAUGCCGAUUUACCUAACGAGGCUGCCGAAGCGGAUGGCGAAGAGGCAGUGACAACGACAUCCACUUCAGCAACAUUGCUAAAGCCACCGCUUGAGCCAUUGCAGCUGGUGUGGGCCAAGUGUCGAGGUUAUCCCUGGUAUCCAGCAUUAAUACUUGAUCCCAAAACGCCAAAGGGUUUCGUUUACAACGGUGUACCGUUGCCGGCACCACCGCCCGAUGUGCUGGCGUUACGCAAAAACUACACCGAAGAUGUGGUAUUCCUUGUGCUAUUUUUCGAUGUGAAACGCACCUGGCAAUGGUUGCCGGCUAAUAAACUCGAAAUACUGGGAAUCGAUAAGGGGCUGGAUCAACAAAAAUUGGUUGAGUCACGUAAGCCAACCGAACGAAAGGCAGUGAAGAAGGCAUACCAAGAUGCUUUACACUAUCAAAGUCAAGUGUCCGAUCUGGAAGGUCAAGGGCCCGAUCCGAUAAUGUGAAAGAGUGCAGCCGCGGUUGGUGGAUUGAGACAAUCGCAAAGAGAUAGGCGUUGGCGUUUGAACUGUACGUAGGUGGUGGAUGCGAUUUCAUGUUUAACGCCAGCCGUGUUUAGCAACACAGGAACAUAUAAAUACAUCUGAGAAUGCCGCUAGAGCGAAAUACAUAUAUGAGCAUGUAUACAGACACACAUAUACAUGUCCGUUAAUAUUAAUUACUAGUUUUUAGCGAUUAUUUUUUAAGUUUAUAUUUAAAUAUAUAUUUGAUUUGUGUGUUUAACUUUGCUACUAUAUUAGGUAUACAAACAUAAUUAUAUAUACACACAUACAUACAUAAAUAAAUGCUAAAUAUAAUUUUAUAUUUUGCUAAUUUCCCCCUAAGAUUAAGUCAACAUUUGCCUUUAUUGCAAUUUGCAUUAUUGUAAUUUUAGAUAAACUCAAAACUGUAUAAAAUAACACUAAAAAAAUAAUCGUAAUUUGUAAUUUGUAAUUUGGUUCAAAUUUUCCUAUAUCUCGCUUUCUCUCUCUUUCUCUCUCUCGAAAAGUUUUGCUAUGUUGCAUUAAAACUUUAUUUGCAAUUUUGAUUUACAUACGUACAUAUGUAUUUUUACACUUAAUACUGCAAUUUGAAAUUCCUUAAUUUAAAUUUAUUUUUACAUAAAACUUGAGAAUUUAAUUUAGUCCAAUAGAAAUUUAUUUGAUUGCAUUUUGUUAGUAUUUAAAAAGUAAUAAAUUCCUUACAAUAUUCUUAACACCGUUGUUAACUUCUUUAGUUGUUUUUUUUUUUUAUUAUUUUAAAAGCGAAAUGAAGUAGUUUUUGGUUGUAAUUUCAAAACGGAUUGCAUGGUAAAAGAGAAAAAGGUCAAAAAGCAGUUAAUUUGAGAAUAAUGCUCUCUUAUCUUACAAAAGCAAUAGACCGCUCUACUUGUGUAUAGUUACGAUAUUUGCUCAUAAAAUAUAAUAUAUAUAUAUUUAUGUUUACACAUAUGCAUAUACUCAUACGAUGUAUAUACGCAUAUGUGUUUUUGUCGCAUAUUUAUUUCAGAUUCUUCUCUUCUUUUCGCACUUUUGAUAUAUUUAAAUUAUGGAGAAAAUGUUGCAAAUUACAAAAAAAAAACAAAAACAUGCAAGACACAUAAAGUUGUAGACUUUAGGAAUAAGCAAAAUAAAAAAUAAAA